AUGGUGGAUUCUUUAAAAAGUAAAAUUGAUGAGGUGGAACUCUUAUUGUCCAUGUUUUCUGAAGAUGAAAUUAAGCUAGGAGACAAGAAAAGCUAUUUAAAUAUCAAACGUCAUGCAGAAUUGAAUGUUAUUCCUGAAAAGACAGAUGUCGAUUUCGUAAUCAAGCUUAAAAAGAAAGUAGAAUUAUCAGUUGUCCUACCCGAUGGUUACCCUUCAUGGAAUACACAUCAUCCUGUUAAGCCACUAAUUACUCUACGUUUGUUAUCCGAUAAUUCAAUUCUUGGCAUGAAUAUACGUGAGUUAUCCUCACAUUUUUAUCAUUGCCAUCACAUUCGAAGUCCAAUAAAAAGACGUCUGAUUUUGGAAUGGUCAAAAGAAUUAGAACUAACCGGCUGUUGUAUGCCUGGGCGACCGGGCUUAAUAAUUGUAGAGGGUGAAGAAACCAAGGCUGAUGAAUAUUGGAGAAGACUACGAAAUUUACAAUGGAAACAUAUACAACUUCGAGAAAAAGAAAUACUUGGUAUAGGGUUAUAUAGAAUUCGUCGUUUUCAAGAUGGAUUUCAUGAACUUACAUUAUCUCAACAAAGUUGGUUUUCAUGGCUUCAUGAACAUGGUGUUACAUCAGAAGAGUAUAGACAUGUUUUCGGAAUUCCUGGUCGAUUGCCUCAAAAUGAACAACAAUAGUAAUGAAUCAGGAAUUUGGUGAUUAAAUCAUUUGGAAUUCAGUCAAUAGGUUGUAGGUUCGAACAAGGCCCCACCCAUUUCAAAUUCAAGAUUCCAUUAGUACACAAAUAAUGCGACUCAAAUCCAACUACACAAACUUGUAAUUGGUCAAUGAACUAGAAAUAAAUAGAACGUGUAACCUGGUCAGUCAGUUGAAUUUGUUACCUGAAAAUAACGGAACAAACCUUUGUAUUGUAUAGUGACUUGCA